UCUAUUUCUUAAAAAUAUCCUAGACUAAUGCAUGAUUAUAUUUACACUGUUGAUGCAGAUCUCAAUUCUGUAGUUAGACAUAUUUAGCUGAAAGUUUCCUUGAUAAUACAAUGGUUAGACAUAUUCACCUGAAGGAGCCAUGACCUGUGACUGCUGAAUCUGGUCUAUAUGUGGGCAUGGGAAAAGAUCUAGGUCUCACAUAAUUUCUAUUCUUAAUUUCUCAUGUGGUUUGUACGACUAGCAUCCCUCUUUCCCAAGGAUGUGCUAUGCUGGGAUGUGAAAUCUGGAAAUUAACUUGUUGCUUAUAUGAGAAGAUCAUAGGCUAUGGAUAUUUGAUAUGGCAUAAAUAUAUAGCUGUUCUUACACCGACACUGGGAGAAAGUACAGAGGAAUCUGACAUUAUCUUUCUGGUGCAGAAAACUAUAGUGUCAGUGGAGCUGCGCUGUUCAAAAUGCAGGCAGAAGGUGAUGAAGUUAAUUGCAACAAUUGAAGGGAUAACUUCUAUCGUCCUUGACCCUUCGAAGAAGACAGUGACCGUGAUUGGUGAAGCUGAUCCAGUGAAGAUCAUUAAGAAAGUCAGGAAAUUUCGAAAGUGUGCAACAAUUUUGAGCGUAGGGCCUCCCAAGGAAGAGAAGAAGGAAGAUAAAGAUUCACUUAUGAAACAAAUGAUCGUUCCUUGUGCUCCAAAGCCAUGUCAGAGAUGCGAUGUUUGGCUACUUAAGAUUUGAGGAUUUUCAGAAGCAGGCAGUAAUAAGAAGUUGAACUAUAUGAACUAUAUGGUAGCAAGUAAAAGUAUGUCUAGAAUCGACUGCACUGGAUUAUUGAUCAUAUUUUGCUAGUUGUGGAGAUAGAAACUUGGGUUAGGUGAGUAGCAGGUUGUUGCUUUUUUAUUGUGAGUAGGCAUUCUGAAUUGUAGGGUAAUAAAUGGUGCUUCAAGGAAACUUGAGCCAUCGGCUACCCAUGCCACAAUAACUUCUGUACCUACCCAUGCCUUUUGGUAGGACCACUGUGUACUCUGCAUAAGGAGAGGAAGAAAUACUCCCAAUGGGGCAUGGUCUAUGGAUUUGUUUAGUACUUCUUGGAUAGGGUAAAUUACUAUCAAACUAUUGAGUUUUUA